CAGUAACAUUAACAGGAGGAAACAACCCAAAGACGAUGAGAAGAAGAUGGACGUCCCUCCUCCCCAAACCCGCCGUCUCCUCCCCCUCUCCCCUCCACCUCCUCGUCCGCCCCUCUUCUUCCUCCCCCUCCCCUCUCCCUCCAUCACCACCCCUCCACCCCGACCCCUACACCGAGUUCUCCGCCCUCCUCUCUCGCCCAGGCUGGCCCCAGAGACCCGCCCUCCAAGCCCUGGCCCCCUCGCUCACCCCGCGCCUCGUCUCCGACCUCCUCCUCACCCUCCCCCUCGACCCCCCCACCGCCCUCGCCUUCUUCCGCUGGGCCUCCCGCCGCCCCGGCUACCGCCACUCCGCCUACUGCUACGCCUCCCUCCUCGCCCUCCUCCUCCGAUCCAAUUCCUUCCGCCUCGUCACCACCACCAUCACGUCCAUGAUCAGAUCAUCCGGUUCCGUGGACGAGAUGCGCUCCGCCCUCGACGUCUUCCGCUCCAUCAGUCGGGAAGCCGGCGCCGGCGGUGGUGGCACGGCAUUCAGGCUCGGUCUCCGAUGCUACAACACGCUGUUGCUGGCGCUGGCGAGGUUCGGGAUGGUUGAUGACAUGAAAUAUUUGUAUAUGGAGAUGCGGAAAGCUGGUGUCUUGCCGAACCUUCCGACUUACAAUGCGAUGAUCAGUGGCUGCUGCCGGUUGGGGGACGUUGCCGCGGCAAAGCUGUACCUAAGCUCUUUGGUGCAUGCGGGGCUGAGACCGGAUAAGUUUACGUAUGAUUCAUUGAUGCUGGGGCACUGCAGGAGUAAGGAUGUGGACGGUGCCGUCAAGGUGUUUGAGGUUAUGCGGCAGAAGGGGUGUCAGAGGGAUGAGGUCUCAUACACCAUUCUUAUCCAUGGGCUCUGUGAGGCUGGGAGAAUGGAUGAGGCUUUGGCGCUGUUCUCAGAGAUGGAGGAAGAUGGGUGUCGUCGGGAUGCACAUACGUAUACGGUUUUGAUAAAGGCAUUAUGUGGGUUGGGGAGGAGGGAAGAGGGGUUCAGUUUGUUUCAGGAGAUGGAGGAGAAGGGCUGCAAGCCAAAUAUUUACACUUACACGGUGGUGAUCGGUUGCCUGUGUAAAGAGAAGAGGCUUGAGGAUGCAGAGGUUAUGUUGAACAAGAUGUUCGAGAAGGGUUUGGCUCCCAAUGUCGUGACUUACGCUGUUCUGAUUGAUGGGUAUUGCAAGAGUGGGAAGAUUGAUGCUGCUUUUGGAGUUUUAGAAUUGAUGGAGUCGAAUGGGUGUAAGCCGAAUGCAUGGACUUACAAUGAACUAAUAUAUGGGUUUUGUCGGGAGAGAAAAGUUCACAAGGCAAUGAUUUUGUUUAGUAAAAUGCUUGAGAAUGGCUUGUCUCCAGAUGUUGUUACGUACAACACGUUGAUUCAAGGGCAAUGCAUGGAGGGUCAUAUAGAUAGCGCCUUUAGGUUGCUUGAUCUGAUGGAAAGGAAUGAUGUGGUCCCUGACCAACAUACAUACACUAUUUUAAUUGGUGCCCUUUGCAACGAGGGGAAAGUUGAAGAAGCUCACUCUCUCUUUGAGUCUCUCGAAGAUAAAGGUGUAAAGGUGGAUGAUGUGAUGUACAAUGCACUAAUAGAUGGGCAAUGUAAGGUGGGAAGGAUUGAUAAUGCUCGUGUGCUUCUAGAGAAAAUGGUCUCCAGGAACUGCUUGCCAAACUCUUACAGUUACAGUCCGCUGAUGGAUUGUUUAUGUAGAGAAAAACGAUGGCAGGAUGCCUUGUUAUUGCUAGAUGAAAUGUUGGAAAAGGGUGUACAACCCACAACCGUUACUUAUACAAGUAUUAUUGACAACAUGUUGAAAGAAGGAGAAUAUGGGCUGGCUAAGAUGAUUUUGGAUCGUAUGGCUUUGUCAGGGUAUGGGCCUGAUGCAUUCACUUAUACUGCAAUUCUUCAUGCCUAUUGCGGCGAAGGAAGGCUAGUAGAGGCACAAAAUGUGAUGGUAGAGAUGAAUAAACAAGGGGUUGUUCCUGAUUUGGUGACUUAUAAUACUUUUAUUGAUGGGUGUGGUAGUAUGGGACAGAUGGAUCAUGCUUUCUCGGCUCUCAAGCACAUGAUUGAUUCUGGAUGUAUGCCCAAUAACCGGACUUACUCUAAUUUACUCAAACAUAUGCUCAGAAGGAAGCAGGAAAGUACUAUCUCUUCUGACAAUGGUGAUCUGUGGAAGAUUGUAGGGAUUGAUACUGUCUUUGAGCUUUUGGAGGGGAUGGCAAGACAUGGUGUCACUCCUAGUAUCAACACGUACACAGCCCUCAUGUCAGGAUUCUGUGAAGAGAAGCGGUUGGAAGAAGCAAAUCUGUUGCUCUCUAAUAUGAAAGAGAGAUGUAUAUCUCCCAAUGAAGAUAUUUAUACCUCUCUUGUCAAUUGUUUCUGCAAGUUACAAAAAUACUCAGAAGCAUUGGAACUUAUUGAUUCCAUGAAAGAAUAUGGUUAUCUACCAGAAUUGGAGUCAUACCAGCUUUUUCUUUCUGGGCUCUGUGAUGAAGGGAAAUUCGAUAAAGCUAAAUUUAUUUUUUGCAAAACUCUUUGCGGGGGUUACAAUUGUGAUGAAAUUGCCUGGAAAAUUCUUAUUGAUGGCCUGCUAAGAAAGGGCCAUGUGGAUGCCUGUUCCGAGAUGUUAUCGAUCAUGGAGGAAAGGAAUUGCUCUCCAAGUCUUCAAACAUAUGCUAUGCUGAUCAAAGAAUUUCCUGAUAGAGCAAAUUGGCAACAAAAGCAAAGUCAAGUUUGAUCUUUGCUAGCUAUCUCCUUCAUUAAGAUUCUCAUGCCAUCUUGAAAAGGUGAAUAUAUUAUUUUUGGUUUCAAACAUCUGGUUUUCUGGGAAAAGAGGGACUCAGCAUUUUUGCAAAGAUCAUGAUGAAGGUAAGAAUGAGUCAUAAUUUGACUCAUUUUCUUUGUACAAGAUUAUAACUUGUGCUUUUUCUAAACCUUAGCCGGAGCUUCUUACACCAAAACCUGGUGCAACUGUUCCUAGUUGGUGGAUUAACUGGACUGCAUUCCUGAUCCAAUACUCAUAUUGGCUGAACGCGCACUAGCAAUUCAGUUAGGAAUUUACUUUAUGGUCUACUUUCAAGUACAGUGACAGUGGUUUGGAUCCUCUAACAAGUUGAUACAAAUCUUCAAGUUGUAAACUGUUCCCCAAUGGUGUUCAAGAUGCAACAAGUUUUACAGCCAUUUCAUUCAAUUAAGGAUUGAAUUUGUUUAUGAAUAUCAAGAUUUCAAAGACCAAGGUAUUUCAAAUGGCUAACCCUGAUGCAUGAAAUAAAUACAAAUGAAUCUUCAAGUGGCAGCGCUAGCUGUAUCAGCAGUGAAGGAUGUUUUUGUUAGAAUGGUUUAGCGGGAAACACUGCAAAUCAACUAUCCAUUUGCUGUGCACCAUUGCUGGAGGACUUGGAUUAACAAUAUUUGCAGGUGUGUGAAGUUUGCACUGCUGGUCUUCAGGCAUGUCUGCGGAGAAAUUAAUAUAGGAGCAGAUUCGGAUACUCAUCUUGCUGUGACUGCAAUAAGAGUAAUAUCAUUUGAUAUGCAUGCCAACAUGCUUUUGGCUGUUGAUCGAUCUAAUUAUAUAGAUGCCUGAUUAUGCUUCUUUUAGCAAAAGUAAACAAAUUAUGUGAAAUAACUAUUGUAAAGUAAUUUUGCUCAAGGGAAACCUACUCUGAGGUAAUUGUUGAUUGCAAUAAAGAUCAUCGGUGUUUCUACAAAA